AAAACGUGUUAUUCUCGGAAAAAUACUAGAAAACCACGGAAAAACGUGUCUAAAACAAAAAACUAAAGCAGAAUAACAAAAAAUUAUUUAUUUCAAUUAUUUCUCACAAAAAUGAACGGAGUAGCUGGCGAAUCGCCGAGCUACGACGAGUACCUGACGUAUUUCACACCGGGCGAUCGAAUUCUGAUAUCGGAAAAUCAUCCAAAUCAUGCACAACGCCUCAAUUCGUACAAUAAUGUUGCGUGGACGAAGACACAUUUGGCUCUUCUCGGUCACAUUGGCUAUAUCGAGAGCAUCAACGAGCACCGGCACACUGCAAAUGUUCGGGUUUACUACGCAGUUCCGCAAAAUCCAGAGCUUUUCAAGCUCUCUACCGAAUGGCCGCUGGACGCGUUGGAAUUCCCUCAAUGUAUAGAUCAUUCAAAAGGUGAUCUCGUUGCAAUAACCCGCGGAGAUCCGGAAAAAACGACAAUCGGAAUAGUGGCAACGAAGGAACCAUUGAAUUUAGGUGGAAUUCCGAAGCAUUUGGUUCAACUGAAAAGCGCCUCGAAUCCGACGAUUACCCGGGAGAUUCAGGUGGCGGUUAAUGCGAAUACGGGAUGGACUGAUGAGAGACGGGAUAUCUUUUUGUGUCCGGUUUAUUCGGGUCCCCGAUUGUCAAUGAUUGCUAGAGAUAAUAAUGAGCCGUCGGUUCAUACUUAUAAGCACACAAUCCACGGCUACACCCCGGACACCUUAAUGCAAGUGAUCGCGAAUUGGGGUGAAGACGCGCUGAGCUAUGCGCUUCUCGUCGAAUCGAUCCGAUCGGAUCCGCAACAAGUUCGGACCCUUUUCGACGGUCAACUGCCACUUUUCCGUGCUGUCGCCGAUGAUCUACGGAAUGUUGUUGUGAUGCUUGUCGCGUUGGGUGCAGAUAGAACCGCCAGAGAUUCCGAGAAUCGAACUAUCAUUCAUGUGGCUGCGGAGAGAGGUCUUGACAAAAUGCUGGAUACUGUAAUGCUUCUUCUCCCAAAAGACAUCAAUUCACAAGCGGCCAACGGUCUAACACCGCUUCAUUUGGCCGCCCGUCACGCCCACGCAGCUUGUAUCGAUCGGCUUCUCGGUACGAGUACUUGUAUUCCGUGUGUUCCGAACAAUUUUGGCGACACACUUUUGCAUGAGGUGUGCCGGCUGCCAGAGUCUUCGAAUAAGAAAGCGGCAAUAAGUAGAAUUCUGACAAAUACUCGUGCGAACAUUCAUCACGUGAACAAUAGCAAUAUGACACCCAUCCAAAUUGCAAUUAUGAGUGGUCAUGUCAGCACCGUCGAGCAGCUUCUCCUGUUGCGUGCCUCCUACCGUAAUACCACCUCGAAAACUGGAAUGAGCGCAUUGCAUUUUGCCGCUGCCUCUGGCCAUGCGAAUGUUGUCAAUAAACUUAUUUCGCUUGGCCUAGAAGUCCACCGUCGUGACAAGUUCGGUCGCGGAGUACUCCACUACGCCCUCGAAAAAUGGACAGGAGAAGCGGAAAAAGACUGUAAUCGGCUUGCAGCAAUUCAGGCUCUCGUUAAAGCCGGCGCUCCAUCGAAUAUUAUCGAUUUGAAUGGACAGACACCGGUUUUCCAGUUGAUUCGUGAAAUGUUGAGCAAUUCGGAGCAAUAUCCGGCGUCGUUGGUUCCGGUUUGUGCUCAACUUGUUCGUACGAACCUGAAUCUUGAUGAGAUGGCAAGCCGACUUCGUCCGAUGUGGCAACUUGCCACUAUUUGCUUUUUGGUUGCUAAUGGAGCGGAUUUGAAUGUCAAAGAUCGCAGAGGGAUGACCGUGAUGGAUUUGUGCGAAGAAUCAUCAUUUAGAUCGAUUAUCGUUCAUAUUGCACAGACUAAGCAGAGACAGGUGAUGCCGAUGAUGAUGGCGAUGAGUGAGGAUAAAUUCGACUCGACAGAAGUAACAAUGUGCACAUUUUCAUGUCUCAAUUCGGUUGCCACUGUCAAAUUGGACCCGUGCGGUCAUCGGGUCGCUUGUGUCGAUUGUACGGAGAAAGUGGCAAUCCGCCGAUGCCCAGUGUGUCGUCAAUUUAUCAACGAGGCUCAUGAUCAAGACGGAAAGCCAGUUCAAAUCGGCUCCCGCUGCCAUGAACCAUCCGAUGGCGAUCGUCAACAAGUUUCGGCAGAAGUUCGCAAACAAAUCGCCGACGAUGCGGCGAGAGAGGCGAAAAUCGAAGUGGAACGUGAAAAGCAGAAUGAGUUGAAUCAACUGAGAAAACGUUUGGAGCAGCUCGAGUUGGAGACGAACUGCGCGAUUUGUAUGGAUUUGAAGAUUGCGGUUGUAUUUAAUUGUGGACAUACGGCUUGUGUGGAUUGUGCCGAUAAACUGAAGAAGCAAUGUCACAUCUGCAGAAAGACUAUCGAGACGAUGCAGCCGAUCUACUCGUGAAUAUCAAUUUAUUGCUUUUGAUUGUGUAUACUCCAUUUCUGUGUAAAUAAAUAAGAUUUUAUUGAGAAAUAAAGGGGUUUUAACUG